AUAUGCGAUGAUAUGGUAUUGCAAAAAGAUUGAGUCUGCAAGAAUUUGGCUGAUACUUCUUUGAAAUGAGACGAAGUCUGGCUCCCAGUCAGCUCCAAAAACGACCAAAUGAUGAGUCUCCUCCACUACAACAGGGUAAGAGAUCUCUCAAGAGAGCCCUGGUUGACAAGAAUGAAGAUUUCAAACCAGGAAUUGCCAUUUCUCCAUUUCGUGCUCCUCUGAAGGAUUUGCCACCACCAUCAUCUGCCAAUAUUGAGCGCAGUAACUCCUCCAUCUCUGCUCACGAAGCUUUGAUCCGGGAACUUCUAGCUAGACCAUUCAAAGUUCCGCUCUCCAACUACAGUGGCAGUGGCUACCAACGUAGCCUUGGUCUGCGGCGCUCAGGUGUGAGGCGGCCAUUGCACGACCCUGACGCUCCAGGAGCUCUGGUUCUGUUCAAUCCACCUCAGAUGUCUCAGCAUCAGAAGUUAACUUCUGAUGGAUCAAAGCAGCAGGUGCAUGUUGUGGUAGACCCUAUGCUGGGAGACAUUUUACGUCCUCAUCAACGAGAGGGCGUGGCUUUCAUGUACGACUGCGUGACGGGUAAGCGCAUCCCCGGCAGUUGGGGUUGCAUCAUGGCCGACGAGAUGGGCUUGGGUAAAACGCUGCAGUGCAUCACGCUGCUGUGGACGCUGCUCAAGCAAGGUCCUGAUGCCACUCCUACAAUACAGAAAGCAAUGGUCGUGUGUCCGUCAUCUCUAGUUAAGAACUGGCAUAACGAGAUCAACAAAUGGCUGAAAGGUCGUCUGAGUUGCCUUCCUAUCGACUCCGGGUCCAAAGAAGACAUCGACCGCAACCUGCGCGGUUUUGCCGAGACCUACGGACGGCGUCCCGUCAACGCCGUACUCAUCAUCAGCUACGAGACCUUCAGGCUGCACGCUCACGUCCUCAAUAACCACGACCUCGGACUCAUUCUUUGUGAUGAGGGGCACCGGCUCAAGAAUAGUGACAACCUCACAUACCAGGCACUGAUGGCGCUAAAAACCGUCCGCCGAGUACUGCUGUCAGGCACGCCCAUACAGAAUGACCUCCUCGAGUACUUCUCCUUGGUGCACUUUGUCAAUGCAGGUAUUUUAGGUACAGCACAAGAGUUCAGGAAGAGAUUCGAGAAUCCCAUCUUACGGAGCCGCGAUGCAGACGCGUCUGACGCUGAACAUCAGCUGGGCAAGGAGCGUCUUGAGGAGCUCACUACCAUCGUCAACAGAUGUUUGAUCCGACGAACCAACGAGCUGCUGUCCAAGUAUCUGCCUGUGAAGUACGAGUUUGUCGUGUGUUGCCCUCUCACGCAGAUGCAGCAAUCGCUAUACAACGCAUUCGUGCAGUCCACUCACGUCAGGAGACAGUUACAAGGCAUUGAAGGAAGCAAGGGUAGCGGUAGUGCCCUCACAGCCAUCAACAGCCUCAAGAAGCUCUGCAAUCACCCAGACUUGCUUUGGGAUAAAGUAGCGGCGCGCGAAGAUGGAUACGAACAAUUGGCCAAGUUUUAUCCUUCAAACCACGACACCAAAGGUGCCGUGGACGUCUCAUUGUCUGGGAAAAUAUCCCUGCUGGACACUCUACUGGCUCACAUCCGGCAUCGCACUGCAGACAAGGUCGUGCUUAUCAGCAACUACACGCAGACGCUCGACUUGUUCCAGCGCCUCGCACGACACAGAGGCUACAAUUGCGUCAGGCUCGACGGCUCCAUGACCAUCAAGAAGAGAGCUAAGAUGGUGGAGAAGUUCAACAGCCCGGACAGCUCGGACUUCUUGUUCCUGUUGAGCAGCAAAGCAGGCGGCUGCGGACUGAACCUGAUCGGGGCGAACAGGCUGGUCAUGUUCGACCCUGACUGGAACCCUGCGAACGACGACCAGGCCAUGGCGAGGGUGUGGCGUGAUGGCCAGACCAAGACCUGCUACAUCUACAGGCUCGUGGCUACUGGGAGCAUUGAGGAGAAAAUCCUGCAGCGGCAGGCACACAAGAAGGCGCUGAGCUCCUGCGUAGUGGACUGCGAAGAGGACGUCCACCGACACUUCAGCGUCGCCCAACUGCGGGAGCUGUUCACGCUGCGCCCCGACACUGCCAGCGACACGCACGAUAAGUUCCAAUGCCGGCGAUGCGUAAAUGGGAUUCAGGUUCGACCGCCACCGGAAACCGCGGACUGCACGUCUGACCUCUCCAACUGGCAGCACAGCACUGAACCGCGACCGCUGCCUGACGUCAUCCUCAAGCUCGCUUGGCCCACCGCCGGCGUCAGCUUUGCCUUCCAUCAGCGGUCGCAUGAGGCGAAAGCUGUGCCUUAGCGGUGCAUUUUUCCUUUGUAUUAGGUACAAAGAUUGAGGCUGUUGAAGGCCUUUGUAUCGCUAUGUUAAUAUUAGAACACGACAUCUUUUCGUGCACCGUAAUUUAUAUUGCUAUGUUAAUAUUAGAACUGGGCAUCUUUUCGUGCACCGUUAUUAAUGCCCUGUGAAAUUCUAUCCUACAAGUUUGAUAAUACGUAUCGCCUUUGUUAUUAGUUACAUGUUGUACAGAAGUUGCUCCUUGUUAUCAAUUACUUCGUAUUGACUAAAUAUAUGUAGGCUAAAGUUCGUAAUCACGUACCUGAGUGAUUGUGACGCUGUGCAUUAAGGUUACUUAGGUUCUUCUGUAGGACAAAUAAAUGUAUUUUACUUU